CCAGGGCGGGUCCUGGGGGCUGUCGGGCCGAGGUGAUUCUCCUCACGCGGCGGCUCUGCGCGGUCCGGGGCCGGGAGUGUAGCCGAGGGUCGGGGGGAGAUCCUGGCUCCCUGACCCUACUUCCCGUUCUGCCGGCUGCGCCCGGGCCUGCAUUUUGUGGCGGGAGGCCGGGGACUGCUCUUUUCCCGGCCCCGGGCCUGGCCCGUCCGGCAGUGCGGGGAGGGCCGAGCACCCCAGCCCCCAGUCCCGAGGAGGCGACGGGCCCUUCGUGGCCAUCAGAUCUGUUUACACGUCACUCUCGGUGCCCGGCCGUCCCUCCACGCCCAGUGACCGGCUCGCAGGUGCCCGCCCAGGGCCUUUGUGCUGGAGUGGGGCGGCCCGGGUACUUUUAAUUUUCUGGCCACUAGGGCCCAACCCGCCCCUGCACUUAGAAGCUGCGCAGUGAACACGUGCGAGGCGGACCAGUGAACUGCCCUGGACUGAAGCUUCAAAAUGACUGACCAGGAUCCUGGGGGCAUCAGCCCCCUCCAGCAAAUGGUGGCCUCAGGCGCUGGGGCGGUGGUCACCUCCCUCUUCAUGACACCCCUGGAUGUGGUGAAGGUUCGCCUGCAGUCUCAGCGGCCUUCCGUGGCCAGCGAGCUGACGCCUUCCUCCAGACUGUGGAGCCUCUCCUAUACCAAAUUGCCCUCCUCUCUCCAUUCCACAGGGAAGUGCCUCCUGUACUGCAAUGGUGUUCUGGAGCCCCUGUACCUGUGCCCAAAUGGUGCCCGCUGUGCCACCUGGUUUCAAGACCCUACCCGCUUCACUGGCACCAUGGACGCCUUCGUGAAGAUCGUGAGGCACGAGGGCACCCGGACCCUCUGGAGCGGCCUCCCCGCCACCCUGGUGAUGACUGUGCCAGCUACUGCCAUCUACUUCACUGCUUAUGACCAACUCAAGGCCUUCCUGUGUGGUCGAGCCCUGACCUCUGAACUCUACGCACCCAUGGUGGCUGGCGCGCUGGCCCGCUUGGGCACCGUGACUGUGAUCAGCCCUCUGGAGCUCAUGCGGACAAAGCUGCAGGCUCAGCACGUGUCGUACCGGGAGCUGGGUGCCUGUGUUCGAACUGCUGUGGCUCAGGGUGGCUGGCGCUCGCUGUGGCUGGGCUGGGGUCCCACUGCCCUUCGAGAUGUGCCCUUCUCAGCCCUAUACUGGUUCAACUAUGAGCUGGUGAAGAGAUGGCUGAAUGGGCUCAGGCCAAAGGACCAGACUUCUGUGGGCAUGAGCUUUGUGGCUGGUGGCAUCUCAGGGACGGUGGCUGCCGUGCUGACUCUACCCUUUGACGUGGUGAAGACCCAACGCCAGGUUGCACUGGGAGCGAUGGAGGCUGUGAGAGUGACACCCCUGCACGUGGACUCCACCUGGCUGCUGCUGCGGAGGAUCCGGGCCGAGUCGGGCACCAGGGGACUCUUUGCAGGCUUCCUUCCUCGGAUCAUCAAGGCUGCCCCCUCCUGCGCCAUCAUGAUCAGCACCUAUGAGUUCGGCAAAAGCUUCUUCCAGAGGCUCAACCAGGACCGGCUUCUGGGCGCCUGAAAGGGGCAGGGAAGCAAGGACCCCGGCUAGCAAGGACCCCGGCUCUCCACGGAUGGGGAGAGGGCAGGAGGAGACCCAGCCAAGUGCCUUUUCCCCAGCACUGAGGGAGGGGACUUGUUUACCUUCCCUCCUGGUGACAAGCCCAAGGGCAGGGCUGCCCCUCUGGGUGGCCCUGGCCUUCCUCAGAUGCAGCUUCUUCCUGCUGUUCCAGUCGUGGGGAUCAUGAUUUUCCCACCCCCCCAAGUUCAAGACCAAAUCCUCCCGCUGCCCCCUUCAUGUUUCCCUGUGUUUGCUGUAGCUGGGCCUGUUUCCAGGAGCCAAGAAACCCUCAGCCUGGUGUAGUCUCCCUGACCCUUGUUAAUUCCUAAAUCUAAAAAUGAUGAACUUCUG